UGAAGCAGGGUUUUACGCAAUGUCUUUUGAAUUGCUUUAAUUCACCUGGCCUUGCAUAAAAGCUAAGCUCUUCCCUGUUUGGCAUUAUGGGCAGCAGAAAGCUCUGACUGCACAGAUUUGAGUUCUGAGCAGUAAACACACGACUUGGGAUGAAACAUGUGUAGCUGAUGCUCUGGUGCCAGAGGGCGUUGCUAGCAAGCAGCACGAAAUAAACAAAUUGUUUUCUUUUUGUUCUCUGACACAAGCAAAAGCUGCGAGCAGAGGUAAGAAAGAUUGUGAGUAGACGACAACCGCAGCCUGCCGUGCUAUUUACAUACUAGAGUUGUGCUAGUUUGCUUACGGUUGUACAACACUGAGGUACUUGGUCACGCCCACAAGGUGGCUACGUGCCGCAUCACUGCGCUUAUAUACGUGUAGUGGUGACGCCACAGUCUCAGCAUUAGCUGUCUGGCAGCAGCAGCCAAGGAGCAGGAUAUUAUCAGCGUUGCGGGACGUUUAAGCAGCGAUCCGUGACUGCGGGCUGCGUUAUAAGAAAAUCGCGACUACAACUGUUGGUCGGAAUGUAAUACUAUAAAUGACUUUUCAUUCUUGACUGAGUGCGGCGUUUUGAAGGUAAAACAAGAGGAUGGCCAGUCCGCACUCUCCGGGGCAGCCCGUCAGCUUAAAUCUGAAUCACAACAACAACAACAGUAGCGGCGUAAAGAAAUGUGGUUAUCUACGGAAACAGAAGCACGGACACAAGCGGUUUUUUGUAUUGCGAGAAGCGGGAGAUGGUUGUCCUGCCUCCAGGCUGGAAUAUUAUGAGAGUGAGAAGAAGUGGAGGAGCAAGUCUGCCGCAGCCAAGAGAGUCAUUUCUCUGGACAGCUGUCUUAAUAUCAACAAACGAGCCGACGCCAAGAACAAGUACCUCAUUGCUCUGUACACCCGGGAUGAGUACUUCGCUGUGGCCGCGGACAGUGAGCAGGAGCAGGAGAGUUGGUACCGAGCUCUCACCGAGCUGCUCAGCAGCGGCAGAGGAGUAAAGGAGGCGAGUGGCUGCGCAGGUACAGCAGCAGCAGCAGGAGGAGGAUGUUGCCCAGGCACUGCCAGUUGCACCACUAGCUGCACCACUAACCAUCUUGCACUGACAGAGGACUAUGGACUCAUCACUCCAGCAAAUGCUGUCUAUAAGGAGAUGUGGCAGGUCAACCUAAAACCUAGGGGUCUGGGCCAGAUUAAAAACAUGACUGGAGUGUACCGGCUGUGUUUGUCUGCUCUCAGCAUCAGCUUUGUGCGUCUGAACAGCGAAACGCCAUCCGCCACUCUGCAGUUAAUGAACAUAAGACGCUGCGGCCAUUCAGACAAUUAUUUUUUCGUAGAGGUGGGCCGCUCAGCCUCCACGGGACCUGGGGAGAUCUGGAUGCAAGUCGAUGACACGGUUGUGGCUCAGAGCAUUCAUGAGACCAUUUUGGAGGCGAUGAAAGCCAUGCGAGAGCUAGUUGAGUUCAGACCUCGCAGCAAAAGCCAGUCCUCAAGCUCAAACCCCAUCAGUGUGCCAGGCAGAAGGCAUCACCUGAACCAAUUGCCUCCUAGCCAGACUGGCUUGACAAGGAGAACCCGGACAGAUUUGCAUUCUUCUGUUUGUGUUUCAGCAGGUGCAUCGUCUAGGCUUCGCACUGCUAGUGAAGGUGACAAUCUAAGCAACAGAACAGUCACUGGAAGUCCUUUAAGCCCCAGUAUGCUUCGUGCACCACUUAGCCGAUCCCAUACAUUGAGCUUAUGUGGAAGAAAUUCAAAACUGGUUCCAAUCCCAGGGCCGCUGCAACACAGUCGGUCAAUGUCAAUGCCUGUUCCCCGAUCCCCACCAACAGCUGCCAGUCCCAUCAGUUUAUCAUCUGGCAGCAGUAGUGGACAUGGCUCAACAUCUGAUCCACUUAUUCCUCCACAGUCAUUAAGCUGUAGUGCCUCUGCAUCUGGAUCACCAAGUGACACAGGUUUUAUGUCUUUGGAUGAGUACAGCUCCAGCCCUGGGGAGUUAGCAAGAGUUUAUCUGAACUGUACUAGUGGUACCCCAGAUUCUGCUUCUGCCACUCCACCACACCAUGGAGAGUUAAAUGGUUACAUGUCAAUGGAGAGACAAUUCCCAGGAGUCUGUCCAUGUCAUCUUGAAGGCUCUGUAGCAGAAAAGUGUGCUCGGAAGAGGACUUAUUCCUUAACUACUCCAGGAAGGCAGAGAAUGGCACCACCUCAAGUCUCAUCUGCUUCUCUUGAUGAGGCUACUCUUGUUCGUGCCACAUAUAAGGGGAGCUCUGGGCUUCUGUCAUCUUCUCCUAAAAUAACUUAUCAACCUUACCCAGAGGAUUAUGCAGAUGUAGAGAUUGGUCGCCAGGAAGAUGAUGGGUAUAUGCCUAUGUCUCAUAGAGUUCGCGUUCCUUCCUCAGACUAUGUUCCAAUGAGCCCAGCCAGUGUCUCAGCCCCCCAGCAAAUUCUGCAGCCUCGCACUUGUUGCAAUGAAUCUUUUGAAGUUUCUAAAGAAGAUUCUCCAGAUGGCUAUAUGAGUAUGUGGUGUGGUCCUAAAUCUCGGACAGUACCUGUACAUCAACGUCUGUCUCCUGCAGAGACGCUAGCAUCUUUUACUCCUCCAGAUUAUUUCUAUAUGCAGUCUAAAAACAGUUGUUGCCAAACAAACAGUGUGCUAUGCCAAUCUGUAAAUCCCGCAGAGGUUGAGCCUUAUGUCAUGAUGAGAUCUCCAGCCUCCCCUUCUCCACAUAUUCGCAUUGCUCGUCCCUCUCGGCUUGCAUUACCCACUCUUCCUAGUAUGAGUGAGCAUCCUCCAGAAUCAUCCAGCCCUCCAGGUGGAGAAUAUAUACAUAUCUACUUUGGGGAAACAAGACCUCAAGAAUUUCUGUCCAUGCCUCCUCCCUCUCCUGCUGUAGAAUCUGUCCUCCUGUCUGUUGCUGGAAGUCCAACAUCCUCCUCAUCUUCUGGUUCUGGUCCACACCGCUCUUCAAUUUCAGACUACAUGAACUUAGAUUUUUGUCCCUCUUCUCCAAAAUUAAAAAUAAAUUCCUCACUAGACCCCAAUUUGGAUUAUACACAGAUGAGCCCAAGGAAGAUCUCUGCAUGUUCGAUGAGCGAUGCAUCUUUCCAUGAAACUUCCUCUUUAGAAGGGUCAGUUUCUGGUGUACAGUGUCUCACUUUACUAAUGGACAAGAUACCUGGAAACUUUAGCUUGCCCAGUCCUCCCCCAGAUCCUAACCGGGGUGCAAAGCUUAUAAGAGCAGAUUCACAAGGGGGCCGUCGACGUCACAGCUCAGAGACAUUCUCCUCCACCACUCAAGUGACCCCUGUUUCUCCUUCAUUUGCACAAAGCCCCAAAAGGCACAGUUCAGCAUCAGUGGAGAAUGUGUCUACACAUAGUGGUGAUGCUUUGGAGGCUCCUGAGUGUGGCAGUCCCAUGUGCCGAGAAACAUCAGCUGGUUUCCAAAAUGGACUUAAUUAUAUUGCCAUGGAACUGUCACCUGACAAACGAAAUCUGCUGCUACUAACACAAGCGUCAUCCAGGGGGCAUCUACCUGCCCUGGGACUUGCAAGCCUUGACAUUGGGUCCUAUCCUAGUUUUGAUUUCUUAGGACAUAACAGGUUGAAGGGUACAACUGUCAGAGAGUAACAACACUAACUACAUUUAAGAAAAGAAGAACCAUGGGCCUACUUUUUCAACCAGAUGCUGCUAAAGUGUUGUUAUUUCGUAAAUGGAUAGACAAGAGAGUUUUGCUCAGGUAUAUACUGUGCUGAACUUGGCUACCACAACAAAGUGAGCUGCCCCUGUGCUGUCCAGUGGCAUUAUUUAUCAUGAUACUCUUAUGACACAAAUCGCUGGAAACCAACCUUUUGAGAAAAUAACUGUAUUCAUGCAAGUCGGUAACUAAUAACUGAGGCCUUCAUCUACCUACUUGAUUUAUUCGUCUGUAGGCUGGGAUAUUUAUGAGCAUCAAAUAAAACCGUAACAUCUGGCAUCUUCUACAAUAAAAUGUACUGGAUGUCCUACCUCUGUAAACAACAUAAAAAAGCAAGCGAAGAUGAUGGCUAACAGAUUUCAAGUUUCCUUGCGCAAUGGAGCUUCCUGGGUUAUUUGUCAACCCUUCUAGAACACUUAAAUGACUUGGGUCAAAUGGAAACUACUUGUGACCCAAUCACAGCAGGACACUGAACUGAAUGCUUAGAAAGUAAUGCAAUUGUUAAGAGACUUGGGGUUUUUUUGUUUCCAAAAGUGGACCAAAACAAAUCUAUAAAUGUAAAAAUGUGAUCGCAAGACAUGCUUUGCUCGGUUGAACUGAGCUUUAUUGGAGCCCUUACAUUUGGACCGGCAGCUUAUUGUUUGCACUCUGAUAGAAGACAGAGAAUGGUUAUUUAUAUAAUUUACAGUAAAUUAUGUACAUUUACACUAAACAUUUUUCGUCUGUAUUGAGAAAUGAUUUUCUAUAUUUUAAUGUCAUUGCUUUUGUAGUUUUGUUUUUAUUUUGAAGGUACUUAUUUAAAAAAAAAAGAUUGUAAUAUGUUAGCAGCCUCAAUGCUCUUAACCAAAAAUCUCCAUUCAUGUGCCACAUAAUGGAGUAUCCAUCCUUUGUAACAUCCCCCCACCCACCAAUUCCAAUUUUGAUAUUAGCAGAUAGCAUGAUUGAUUCUUCCACGCUGACCAACCUGCUCUCAAAACAAGAUAUCCCAGCUGAAGUAAUGUAAACUCGAGCGUGACAUGGACUUAUUGGCAGUAAAAUAAGAGAGUGCAGUUUCUAGAGAAAAGAUGACUGAUACCACAUUUUUGUACUACAUAUAUUUUUCUAUACGUAGAAAUGUAUUUCUUUAAUAUCCUAAUGCCAGAUUACUGUAGAAUAGGCACUCCAGCUUCCUCAGAAGCAUAACUUCUAUUAACCCGCGAUUGGUGGGAUGCUAGCUUGUUGUAAACCUGAAACUGCUGGAACAGCAACAGUUGCUUAUCUCUGCUAUAGUAUCAGCACUUCUUAAUGCCUGAAUAUUUUAUUUUAUAUUUUUAGAGAAAUAUUUCCUUCUAUACAGUGUGGGUUGGGAUCCACACAGCUGUGGGGUUCAUAGCAAAAUGCAUGGUGUCCCUGCUUGACCUGUGCCAUUCACCCCUUACACACUUUCUCAAGUCCCACCCCUUUCCUGAGCACUGAAAACUAUUUUUUGCUACUCUGCAGGCUUUAGAUGGGGCUGCAAGGAUUCAAGCAGGACAGUGCUCAGUUCCCUGCUGUAGUAUUUAGUAGCUGUAAGGCAGGAACCUGCGGACUGCAUGAUUUCUUUCCCUCCCAGCAGGUUAGAUUUCCAUGCUUAAUGCGUGACACUAGACAGGACUGGAUACAAUCAAUUAGAGAAAGCUUUCCAUGAAUCUGAACAAUAAUUUUUGCAAAUGUAAUUGUUAACUAGCAGCAUCAAGUCUUCCUGCUUAAACAAUGAAAGUCUUACAUGUAUGGAUUGUAUUGCCAGACAAAAAUGAAUGUAAAUUCAUAUCUAAUUUCUUCUUUUUUCUAUUACGCUUUUUGUAGUAUAAUUCUUGUUGGCGGGGGAAAAAAACCUUGUGCUUUAUACGGCAAUGUUCGGAGCAGAAAUUAAAUGGUUUGGUUAUUAAAA